GGUCCCCAACCAUUUUCCUCCUCCCCUGUGGAACUCCUCCCCCAACCCCUGACAGUUCAAACCCAAAAACCCCCCGCCGCCGGGAGGGGGAGGGACAGCGCGAGGCCCGCCGCCGAUCGCGAUGGCUCGCACCAAGCACCCGGCCGUGAGGAAAUCGAAGGAGCAGCCCAAGAAGAAGCUCCAGUUCGGGCGCUCCCCGCACGGGAGGGCGACGCCGACAGGUGGAGCGAGCACAUCGGCGACUCCGGCAAGCGCUGCAGGGACCGGGGAGAGAGCGGCGGCUGGAGCAGGUACGGCGGGGCCGCAGCAGCAGAAGGUGAAGAAACCACACCGUUGGAAGCCAGGGACUGUAGCGCUGCGGGAGAUCAGGAAGUUCCAGAAAUCCACCGAGAUGCUUAUCCCCUUUGCACCAUUUGCCCGUCUGGUGAGGGAGAUCACUGAGUUCUACUCAAGGGGGAAUGUGACACGCUGGACCCCGGAAGCCAUCCUUGCAAUACAAGAGGCAGCAGAAUUCCACCUGAUAGAACUGUUCGAAGUGGCAAAUCUUUGUGCCAUCCACGCCAAACGUGUUACCAUCAUGCAAAGGGACAUACAGCUUGCAAGGCGUAUCGGUGGAAGGCGCUGGUGAAUGGUGAUAGACUAAUCAUGUGUAAUCAUGUGUGUUUGUGGACCCUACUACCUGAUGAAGGACUCGCUGGCCUUAGCAUCUUAGAGUGUAAUGUAGAUGUAUAUCUUAAUCCAGUGGUGUCAUUGAAUGUUGCAUAUUUCAGGUGGCGUUCCUAGUAUUCAGACUGUUCCUAGUAUUCAGCCUGACGUAUCCAUGUGCCUAUGAUGCGUUUGAUUAGAAUGUUAUUCGGAUGAUCUGUUAACAUGUUAGAUUAGACCAAAAUGCUGUGAAAUUGUCAUAUCUGUGUGGACGGGGAGGUUAGACGGUCA